AGCCUCAAGGUCCUUUUGCAGCACCCAGAGGACAACAGGAACCAGAUCCGAGAACUGGCCCAGACGCUGAUGGAUGGUGGAGUUCURGAUGAGCUGAUUCAGCAGAAACUGGACGCAUUCAACACACGAUGGGAUGAAAUCAUGGCGAGGGCAGCGCUGAGGCAGAAGGAGCUGGAGAAAAGUCUCCGGCAGGCCCAGGAGAACGACAAGCUGCUCAGAGACAUCCAGGAGUCCUUGGCCAACACGGACCGUCACCUCACCUCGUACCUCUCUGACCACAUCGAUGCCCAGCAGAUACCUCAGGAAGCUCAGAAAAUUCAGACAGAGCUGAACGGCCACGAAGCGACGCUGGCGGACCUGAGGAAAAAGAACCAGGACCAGGACGGCUCACAGAAGGUCGUGGGACAGAUAGACGACACCCAGAAAAUGCUUGCGGACGUCUGGACCAAGUUCCGUCUCUUCCAGAAACCGGCCAACUUUGACGCUCGGCUGGCCGAGUGCGAGCGUGUGCUGCAGGGGGUGAAAGGUCAGGUGGGGCUGCUGGACUUCCGCAGCGUGGAGCAGGAUGUGGUGCAGUCUCAGCUGGAGCAGUGCAUGAAGCUGUAUAAGGUACUGAGUGAAGUGAAAGGGGAGGUGGAGACAGUGAUUAAAACAGGCAGACAGAUCGUUCAGAGACAGCAGACGGACCAACCCAAAGAGAUGGACGACAGAGUGACCGCCCUGAAACUGCUGUACAACCAGCUGGGAGCGCAGGUGACUGAGAGUAAACUGGAGMUGGAGAAAAGCCUCAAGUUAUCCAGGAAGUUGCGUAAGGAGCUGAAUGGGCUUACAGAGUGGCUCGCUGCCACUGACGCUGAGCUGACCAGGCGCUCUGCUGUGGACGGCAUACCCAGUGACCUGGAGGCUGAGGUGGCAUGGGCACAGUCCAUCCAUGGAGAGAUAGAGAAACAUCAGCCACAGCUGCAGGCAGUUGUGGAUCUUGCGGAGGCUCUGAAAGCCGUCCUGCGRGGCAACGGGAGUCUGGUGGACGAUAAAGUCAGCCUGUUGCACUGCAACUGGAUCGCAGUCACGUCGAGAGCAGAAGAAUGGCUCAAUCUGCUGCUGGACUACCAGCAGCAGAUGCAGAAGUUAGACGAACAGAUAAAGGAAGUGAAUGGAUGGAUUGAUGGAGCAGAGAUAAAGAUGGAUGAGAUUGACAGUCAAGGACCCAACAAUGCUGUUCUGAAGGUGUUGCAGGCGGAGGUGGAGCUGAACAAWGGGAAGAUGGAGGAAGUGAGAGCUUUAGCUCAUGAGCUCAUGUCCACCAGGGGGGAGAACUGCCAGGCCCAGGUGGGACCUAAAGUGGAGCAGCUCAACCUGAGAUUUGACAUCAUCUCUCAGCGCAUCGCCUCUGGACAGACGGCAGCGUCAGCCUGGGAGCUGGAGCRGUACCACAGUGACGUCCAGGUCUGGCUGGAGCUGCUGGAGGAGGAGGCCAAACAGGGGGAGAACCUGAAAGAAGAGGACUUCCAGGAGGACAAGAACUGUGAGGAAGGUGCUGUGAAGGAGUUACUGUUGAAAGGAGAGAAUCUACAGAAGAGAGCGCCGGAUCGUGACAAGCGAGAGCAGAUAAGACUGAAGCACAACCAGCUCAACAGCAAGUACAACACUGUUAAGGACCUGCGCAUCAUGAGGAAUAGGAAGGCUCUGGCCAUCGCUCCCCAGUGGUACCAGUACAGAAGAAAGUCACAUGACCUGCUUGCCUGGUUGAACGAUAUCCAACGCAGCGUGGAGCAACUUCCUGACCCCCCCGAAGGAGAGAGGGUCAAGGAAAUUGGCUCAGAGUUCGUCAAGAAGAAGGAGGAGCUUAAGGAGUUGCAGGGCUUAGCCAAUCAGCUCUCAGAGGCUGGAGCCGCCAGUCUAGUGGAGCCCCGCCAACUCCAUCUCAACACACGCUGGGUUGAGGUGGAGGGCAAGUUCAUACCCUUCAAAAGACGAUGUGAGUAUCUGACGGAGCUCCAGGCGCUGCUGCGUUCAGUGUCAGAGACAGACUUCAAGCUGAACUCUCCUGAAUACUGGCCUGCAGCGUAUUAUAACCUGCCCCAGCAAGAGCUCUGCCUGAAGGAAGUGGAGGAAAACAUCAUUAAGCUUGAACGACCUGUGGAGGCAGCUCUAGUCCACAAAGACGAGGGCGUGUCAGCUGCUCGGCCUUUGGAGAGCCAAAGGAUCCAGGAGACAGCUGCCCUCCUCACUACCAACUGGGACAAACUGAACAAGCUCCACAAGGACAGACUCAAGCGUUGGCAGGACUGCAGCUCCAAGUGGCAGAAGUUUGUUUCAGAUCACAGAGCUCUGGAGGAGUGGCUGAAUGAUGCUGAGAGCACUUUGAAACUGGCUGAGAGCGAGCCAGCAGCACACAGACAGCAUCUCAGGAUCUGCAGAGGCCCGAACAGCAGCGGCUCAGCUGGAGGAGGACAUGGGCUCCAUGCUGGGCUGGUUGGAUAAAGCAGAGGGAGUCCUGGCCAUCCCUCUGCAGCCUGCGGAACCGCAACACAUCAGAGACACUCUGAACAAAGUCCAGGCCCGUGUGGAUGAGCUUCCUGCUAAAAAGGCAGUUGUGGAGGAUCUGAACUCCAAGCAGAAACACAUUCCUGCUGACAAACAGAAAGACAUCAGGCGCAUCAACACUCGCUGGGCUCAGGUGUCCAAGGCUCUGCCUGAGCGUCAGCAGGAAAUUGAAGGUCUGUUAAAGGAGCUUGGGAAGCUUCAGGGCCAGCUGGAAGACCUGUCAGUGUGGGCGUCAAACACUAGAACUAAACUUGAGAACAGUCCUGAGGAGCCACCAGCCAAGCUCAUUGAUGAAGUCCACCUGAAGCAGCCUGAAGUGGAGUUUGUUUUGGAAAGAGCUAACCAGAUGCUAAAGGACACGCCUCCUGGCCAAUCAGAUAAGAUGAAACGGCGGCAGGAAGUUCCCAGCCUGAAUCUGCGGCUCUGUCUCAGUUCAACAAGUCCUGGGCGGAGCUCACUGAUUGGCUGACCAUGCUGGACAACAUGGUUCAGAACAAACAGGUGGUGGUGGCAGACCUGGACGACAUCAAUGAAAACAUAAACCAACUGAAGGCAUCUCUGCAAGAGCUCGACCAACGUCGACCCCUACUGGAGAAACAAGUCACAGCAGCUCAGAAUCUGAAGAACAAAACCAGCAACCAGGAUACACGCAACGCCAUUACAGAGCGCAUUGACAGGCUUCAGACUCACUGGGAAGAYUCUCAAACCAAACUGUCCGACAGGUUGAAGCAAAUUCUCAACAUGCUGCAGGACUCCACAAACUGGCUGGAUGCCAAGAGGGAGGUGGAUCAUCUCAUCAGACAGGCUGGUGAAAGGCUUGAGUCUUGGCAGGAGAUCACGUACACGGCGGAUGCUCUGAAGAGGCAACACGCUGAUCUGAGGCUCUUCAUGAAGGACCUGAAGCAGUGGCAGGGAAAGGUGGUUGAAACUAAAGCGCUGGCCAACAAACUGCUAACGCUGUACGCCAACGAUGACACGCACAAAGUCACACAAGUUGAUGACAACAUGACGGCCACGUGGACGCACAUCAACAAACGGGUUUUAGACAGGGAAGCAGCAGUGGAAUCAGCCCUGAAGCUGCUGCAGCAGUUCUACCUGGAUYUGGAGAAGUUCCUCAGCUGGCUGACGGAGGCUGAGACCACCUGCAACGUUUUAAUAGACGCCACUAACAAGGAGAGAGUGCAGGAGCAGCCGGAGGCGGCCAGGAAGCUGCUGGCACAGUGGAAGGACCUGCAGGCUGAAAUCGACAGCCACGAAGAGCUGUAUCACUCCCUGGAUGAGAAUGGACAGAGGAUUCUGACGUCCCUGAGGGACUCUGAGGACCGGGUUCUGCUCCAUAGACGUCUGGACAACAUGAGGCAGCGCUGGAGUGACCUACGCACCAAGACCCUCAGCAUGAGGUCCCAGCUGGACUCGGAGAUGGCCCCCUGGAAGAGGCUCCACAUGUCGCUGCAGGAGCUGCUGAACUGGCUGAGGCUGAGGAGCCAGCAGCUGGAGCAGGAGAAGCCUGUAGGGGGCGACGUUCCUGCUGUGCAGACCCAACUGGACACACACAGAGGUUUCAAAAUGGACCUGAGAGCSAAGGAGCCGGUUGUGACCAAGGCUUUGGAUGAUGUGGGACUCUUUCUUUCUGAGCUGCCUAGAGAGACACCGUCACCUGAGCACCUGAGAGCUAUAAGCCCAGAGGAGCGAGCUCAGAACGUGGGCCGARUCGUGCGCAAGGAGGCGGACGACGUGGUGACCAAGUGGGAGGGUCUGAACGUGGAUUCGGCCGACUGGCAGAGGCAGCUGGAGCUGGCUCUGGAAAGGCUAAUGGAGCUGCAGGAAGCAGAAGAUCUGCUGGACACCCAGCUGAGACAGGCAGAGAUGGUCAAAGAGGCCUGGGAACCAGUAGGAGAGCUACUGAUUGACUCCUUACCUGAACACAUCGACAGAGUCAAGGAGUUCCAGGAGGAAAUCGCUCUGAUUAAGGACGAUGUAACACACAUGAACCAGUUGGCGUCCACUUUCGAACCGUCCGACAUCCAGCUGUCGACGAGCAACCUGGAACGCAUCGAAGACCUCAACGCACGUUGGAGACUGCUUCAGAUCUCUGUCAAAGACCAUUUGAAGCAGCUCACUGAUGCUCACAGGGACUUUGGCCUUACACAAGCAUCUGUAGAAAGCCCAUUCGAGCAGGGGGUCUCGCCCAACAACGUACCCUAUUAUAUCAACCACCAGACCCAGACAACAUGCUGGGAUCAUCCCAAGAUGACCGAGCUCUACCAGUCUCUGGCCGACCUGAACAACGUUCGGUUCUCAGCCUAUCGCACAGCCAUGAAGCUGAGACGCCUGCAGAAAGCUCUGUGCUUGGACCUGCUGAGCAUGCCGGCAGCGUGCGAGGUCUUCGAGCAGCACAGCCUGAAGCAGAACGAGCAGCUGCUGGACAUCUCCCAGCUGGUGGGCUGCCUGACCAGCCUGUACCAGCGUCUGGAGCAGAGCCACUCCCACCUGGUCAACGUGCCGCUGAGCGUCGACAUGUGCCUCAACUGGCUGCUCAACGUCUACGACACAGCACGCACAGGAAAGAUCCGGACUCUGUCCUUCAAAACCGGCAUCAUCUCACUUUGCAAAGCUCACCUGGAGGAUAAAUACAGAU